AUGGACACUUCGCUAUGGGAGCAUCAACGAGAGAUCGUGGCAGUAGCGCGCCACCGCAGCGUGCUGGUGAGUAGCUCUCAGUCGGUGGGCAAGACAUUUGCAAGCUGCACAUUGCUUUGCGAGUCCGCAGCCUCUAGUCCACAGCUUCACGCUCUAGCAAUUGCCGCAUCGCCUUUAGGUCGCUUAACUUUACAGACGCAGCUAGCGAGAAUGUGUGGAUUCCGUGUGCUUUGUAGUGAUGCAGAGAAGUCAAGUUUGUGGAUAGAGGACGGUGCAUUCGCCCGGAAUCAAUUUCAAGCUGCUCGCGGCCAGAUCGCGGUCUUGUCACCCCUGGUGCUUCAAGAAGCGCUGCGCAAAGGCAUCUUGACGCUUGCAAGUGUAGAUUUUCUUGUUGUUGAAAAUUGGGAUCUUGUCCAUGCCGAGUUGCCAUCGUUUUUUAGGCUUCUGACGGACCUUAUAGAAGAGUUACCGACCGCCACGACGCUACGAAUCUUUGCGACGUCACGGCUGCCAGCGUCUAAGAUGGACUGGAACCCAGUGACAAAUCCAUUGCUUCGCCAUAUACACGUAUUAAAUGUGCUGCCAGUUUUGCCCUCUACGUCUGCUGAGCCAGCAUUUCCACCAUUACAUUGCGAAGUGUUCAAAUCUUUGAAAAAAGAUGAUGCAGUCUGUGUAAGGGAUUUUUUACUCGGUGAAAACUCUAAAAAAGUCGAUUUGCUACGUAUCUUUCGAUUAGAGCUUGAGCUGGGAAAUUCCGCCGCGAUAUACGAUGAGCGCAAAAAACAGGACAAGGUUAAUCGUUUCAUUCAGGAUGCUGAAGCGGUAAAAGAACAUCUGGGAAAAUGGUGUUUGUGGAAGUUUAUCGAGCUGGAACUGCAGGCAAAUUUACAGGCGUGCAUUGUACUCGACCCGGACAAUGUAAAUAGUCGUAAGAAACGCAAACAAGACGAUGAAAACGAUGAGAUGGAUGAAAAAAUAGCAAAGUGUGACUCAAUGAGUGAUUCAGAAGGUGAAGAGGUCGAGGAAGACGCAAGUGAACUGGGGAGGUCAGAAACUGGCAGUAGCAUUAGCAACGUCAGCAAAUUGGCUGGAACGAAAACUGAACGGCUAAUUGAACGAUUUAUUGGGGUUGAUGUGGAGCUGGAAGAGCGCACUAAGGAAAAAAUUCGCCCGGUAUUGAAAGUGUUGUCUUGGCUAUCUGCACAAGCAAAAAUUUGUGGGACGCAUGAGGCGACACCGCGGCUAUUAAAGAGCGCUGAGAUAGUGCGAAAUCGUUUUAGUAAUGCCAUAGGGAAGCAGGAUGUCCGAGCUUGGGUGUUUCUUGAACGACGGUGUCACUGCCGCGUCGUAGCUGAGUACUUGACAGCUUUACUGUCCGAUUUAAACUUGCCACCUAGUUGCUGCAUGCUUGGCAGUAGCAACGCUCGUAUAUCUGGAGCGUUGCGCUUCUCCUCGUUUCUGAAAGUGAUGCAAAUGUUUACUAGCUACAAAACAAAAAUAAUGGUGACCACCUCAGUUUCGAAUAGCUCGCAGAAAAUGCGCAUGGCUCCACCUCCUUGUGAUCUUGUGGUUAUAAUGAAUGAAUUGCUGGAACCCAACAAGUUAUACGAAUUUUGCAAACGCGCAGAUAACUCGAAAGGCUUAAUUAAAUACAUUACGGAGGACACGAUGCUGGCUCGGAAAAACUUUGAAGGACUCGUUCGUAAAAUGCAGGAAUUUAUUCAGCUGGAGAAUGAAAAUAUCCAAGCUAAUACCACUACUACUCAUGCAGCAGCAAGUCAUGAUUGCAGCAGCAUUCAGAGAUUCUCCUCUCAGUCUACACCAGACUCAGCGGAUUCUACAUUGGCGUCACUGGAAGUCGAAAGGCGACGUUCGAUGAUUUUAAAACGAGCACAAUCUGUUACAAACCAAUACGAAAUUGUCAAUCAUGACACUAAAGCGAUAAUGAAUGUGGCAAAUAGCGUAUCGUGCUUAAGUAAAUUUUGUGAUACGCUUCCUGGCUUGGACACGUACGACCGCCGCCCACAGUAUAUUAUCAGGCGAAUUUCUAUUGUGAAUCGCAUGGCUCCGUCACUGAAAAAGGCAAAAAAGAAGCUUUUGAAGUAUAAUGCAAAGCUGACUGACAAGAUUGACGAUCUUAAAAGCGAGGCAAACCAGCGAGCUAGAGAUAAGAGCGGAGGCAAAAUCUCUAAUGGUGAAGAUGAAACCGAUAUCGUGCAGGACACGCGAUUUCAAUAUUCUGCUACACUCAAACUACCAGGUGCCCUCGGCAUUAAGAAACAGCUUCAUUCGCAUCAAGUUUCAAGUCUAGAAGAAGCCAAGGGUAUUGUCGCUUUCAAAGCCGUUCAAGAACUGCUCAAAAAGGGGUUGUUGGACCGAUACUUCCGGUCCAAACUUCUGGAUGACCAAAUAAGUACUAUUCAUGAAGAUGACGGACAGCCCGAAAUGAGCAACAGCGAGUGCACUACCGAUGAUACGAUUGUUCUUGGAGAGAAAGAAGAUAUAGCAACUCUUCAGCCUCAGCUGAAAGAUCUUUCGACACAGUCAUCCUAUGACUUACCACCAGUAAGUGCGCGUGAGUUGAGUCUACGCCCUAUUCGGAGCCUUUCGCAAGAAGCUGCUAGUUGCAUUGAAGAAGGAGAAGAGUGGUCAACUACAAUGUGUUUAUACGGACUAAGUGGUGCAAAUUACGCUAUCUUGGCGACUAACGAGUUAUAUACUGGAAACACUAAUACGGGCUGGCGCUACGACUUCGCAAUAAGUGGCGUGAUGUCGCCUGAAAUCCAGCCGAUUACUUUAGCAAAGCAACCCAUAAAGCUUACAUUAACGAAGCAGGAGCUUCAAGAAGUGCUACACUUUCAUUUAGUAGUCAUGCGGCUUGUCUGUAUGGGAGUACAAGACGCAGUGCGUGACGUAGACGCUGCGAGUGAAAAUGUGUGGAAUGAAUUCUCGGAACAAAAUGACAAGGGGUAUCUGGUUGUACCAAGCGUAUCGGACGAAUCGAAGCAAUCGACAACGGUGUCACUGGACUGGGUUUGUGUCCGUGAUAUUAUUGGAAAACCAUUACUUGAGCCCUUAUGGCCAUUGCCUACCAGUUGCGCUAAGGAUAAUGAAAUUACUGAGUGGAUUUGCGUACCAACGCAUCGCCUAAACGUCAGCUACGUUGUACAAGAAUUAUCGAAUCGUACUGUUGAUGAUAUCCGCAAAGAAUAUCUGGCAGAUGAUCAAAGUUGGGUGACUCACCUCAAAAAAGGAAAGUCAACGCCUGGAAAUCCAAUUCUUGGUCGUUGGCAUACUCGUCAACAGCUCGAAGAAGCCGAUUCGGACCAGCCGCUAAUUUAUGGCAUACAAACCCCUCCCAUUGUACCUAUUAUUCGCAGAGUUAUGCAGCGUAAUAACGAAGAAGAAAGUAUUGCACAAAUGAAAGCUAAAUUCAAUGAACGCUAUCUAAUCCCGCAGUACACAUCGCGAUUGCGGCUUUCGAAAACUCGUUUCUUCGACGCGAUGGGGCUAGUUCCACUUUUGUUUGAGUUUGAACGCAAAUGUCAAAUCUCCCACCUCAUGGGAAAAAUUGGUUUGGAGCUCGACAUGUCAUUGCUAGAUGACGCGACUACAAAACCUGCAUAUGAGCGCUUGGAAAUACUAGGGGACACCUUUCUCAAACUUGAGACCUCGUGGUAUAUGUAUGCGCAGCAUAAAGAUAUUAUUCAGGAGGGGCAACUUACGCAGCUUCGUCGGGAUAUAAUUCGUAAUGACCGACUUAACGAAUUUGCACUCGCAGCUCGUUUGCAUCACUACAUCAUGUACCCAGCCGAAGUAGAACAGCAUCCUUUUCAGUGUUGGAAGCCAUCGUGUAUGGGUAAGACGCCUGAGCCGGUAAUAGCACCAGCAAAGUGGAUCGCUGAUGUUCUUGAAGCUAUUACUGGCGCAUAUUUGGUCGGUCAAGGAGAAAAGGGUGCUCGCUAUUUUCUUAAAUGGAUUGGAGUUAGCGUCCUCGAAAAUCCAUCUUUCACCUUCGCACGGCCAUUUUAUCCGGAUUGUUUUCCCAACGAACUAUACGAUGCGACAAUGACGUCACACGGAGGAGAGCAGCAUCUUUUAAGCAUUAACAUCAGAGCACCACAAUUUGAAGACCUCCCAAAGCGACUUGCGCUUCUCCAGCAGCGUUUAAAGUACACUUUUUGUAACAAACGCCUUUUGUUGGAGGCUGUUACGCACCCGUCAGUUGGUCAGCUUGUCUUGCAUAUCGACCAAAUGGUUGCUAGUGAAGCUGAUGAGGUUAUGGAUAACAACAGUAAUGAGAUGAAAUCGCGAACACAGAAAAAUAAAAAAAUGGUAUGGAAGGGCAACUACGAGCGGCUGGAGUACCUGGGCGACGCGUUGAUCGAGUAUUUAACGCUGUCAUACGCCUUUUUGAUGUACGAUAAAUGGCUUCCAGGGUCACUAUCGCAGUGGAAGAGUGCAACGGUAUCGAACGAUGCGCUAGGUAAAACAGCGCUGGCAUGUUUUGGUGUCGAUGAGUGCAUCUUUGCUGGAGCCGUUCGGAUCGACCGAGAGACAAUGGAUCGCGUUUCCAAUAUUGAACGAAAGUACGCACGGUUUGAAACAAAUACAGGUUUGAGUCCUGCAUUCGAAGCCGUCGACGUAACACGAAAAGUUAAGACAAAGGGCCAAAGUGUUCCAAACGGUGGCAACAAUCACUCGCUGCCUAAGAUGUUUGCAGACGUGUUUGAAGCGCUUGUUGCAGCUGUGUUCUUAGACUCCGGACGAGAUCUGCAGCUUGUCCGUGAUGUGUUCAUGGGGCCACUACUAGACACUGUGGGAGAAGAUGCAUACGCUUAUGUUUGUCAUGAAAGUGGAUUAGCAAUCGGCAAUGAUGGUGAUGAGUUGAUGGAAGACUUAAUGUUUUCGAGUGAUGACGAAGACGAAUGA